GCCCUUCCAAAGCCCCCCACCCCAUCCUGGGUGUCUGAAGUGGGGACAGUGAGACCCCAGAGGCUGUGGUAUCCCCUUCCCUGCCCCUGGGUCAGCCUCACGGGCCCAUCCUGCCCGGUGUCCUGCCCCAUUCCCAUCCCCACGCCUUGGGUCAGACUAUGGGGCUGGGUUCAAAUCAUGGGCUGUUCCCUGUAGCAGAUAUUCUCCUGCCACAUCGCAUGCCCUGAUCUCGCCUGUCCUGGCCCCGAAGCAGGAUUUCUGAUCUCUGGGCCGGACGCGCUCUCCUGGAUGGAGCGAGGGGCAGAGCCAGGGGUCCCGGGUCCCCAGGGCGCUGAGGAGACCCUGAGAGACGCCCGCACAGCGCAUGGGAACGAGGAGGUGACUCAGCCAGGGGUGGCGCAUGAGACGCUGCCAGGAGGAUCUGGAGGUGACAUGUCCAGGAGUCCGGAGCUGGGGAAAGCAUCCGAGGGGCAGCAGGGGAUCCCCAUGGAGCAGAGGGGAGGUGAAUCCACUUCCCACGGGGGCGACACAAUGGACCCGAGCGAAGCCACGGCCCGGCCAGGGCGACUCUACACCUGCCCGGAGUGCGGGAAGAGCUUCAUGCAGAGCUCGCACUUCAUCCGGCACCAGACGGUGCACACAGGGGAGCGGCCCUACCAGUGUGCGGACUGCGGGAAGAGCUACCGGCAGAACUCGGACCUAGUGAGCCACCGCCGGCUCCACACGGGCGAAGAGCCCUUCCACUGCGCCGAGUGCGGCAAGCGCUUCCGCCAGAGCUCGGAGCUCAUCAUCCACCAGCGCAGCCACACGGCGGAAGCCCCCUACCCGUGCCCCGAGUGCGGGAAGCGCUUCCGCCGCAGCUCGCACCGCCUGGCCCACCAGCGCACCCACACCGCCGAGCGCCCCUGCAAGUGCCCCGACUGCGGCAAGGGCUUCCGCACCAACUCGGACGUGGUGCAGCACCGGCGCACCCACACGGGUGAGCGCCCCCACCAGUGCCCGGACUGCGGUGAGCGCUUCAGCGUGCGGUCCACGCUGGUCAACCACCGCCGAGUGCACACGGCCGAGCGGCCCUUCGCCUGCACUGAGUGCGGCAAGCGCUUCACCCAGAGCUCCACCCUCAACCGGCACCGGCGCAUCCACGUGGGCGAGCGGCCGUUCCACUGCCUGGAGUGCGGCAAGAGCUUCAACCGCAGCUCCAACCUGCUCACCCACCAGGUGCUGCACACGGGUGAGCGCCCCUUCCGCUGCCCCCGCUGCCCCAAGAGCUUCAACCAGCGCGCCAACCUGCUGACCCACCAGCGCACCCACACGGGCGAGCGCCCCCACCAACUCUUCACAUGCCCCGAGUGCGGCAAGGGCUUCGGCCAGAGUGCCCACCUCAUCCGGCACCAGACCGUGCACACCGGGGAGCGGCCCUACAAGUGCCCUGAGUGCGGGAAGGGCUUCAGCCAGAGCUCGGACCUGACCACGCACCGGCGCAUCCACACGGGCGAGGAGCCCUACGCCUGCGCCGAGUGCGGCAAGCGCUUCGCCCAGAGCUCCAACCUGAUCCGGCACCAGCGGACCCACACGGCCGAGACCCCCUACCGCUGCCCCGACUGCGGCAAGCGCUUCCGCCGCAGCUCCCACCUGGUCAUGCACCAGCGCACCCACACCGGGGAGCGGCCCUACCGCUGCCCCGACUGCGGCAAGCGCUUCAGCCACAGCUCCCACCUGCACCGGCACCAGCGCAUCCACACGGGCGAGCGCCCCUACAAGUGCCCCGACUGUGGGAAGAGCUUCGGCGUCAAGUCCACCCUGGUGACGCACCGGCGGGUGCACACGGCCGAGCGGCCCUACGCCUGCGCUGACUGCGGCCGGGCCUUCGCCCAGAGCUCUACCCUCAACCGGCACCGGCGCACGCAUGCGGCCGAGCGCCCCUACCGCUGCCCCGACUGCGGCAAGAGCUUCAUCCAGAGCUCCAACCUGGUCACCCACCUGAUCCUGCACACGGGCGAGCGCCCCUUCCAUUGCCCCCGCUGCCAGAAAACCUUCAGCCAGAGCUCCAACCUCAGCCGGCACCAGAGGACCCACGCGGGACGCCGAGCCCGCCCGUGCCCCGAAUGUGGGGAGACCGUCCCGCGCGGCUCCGGCCUGUCCACCCAUCAGAGACGCCACGUGGGGCAGGAGACGCCCUCGCUGCCCUGCUAGGAUCGGCUGGUCCCCCUGGUAUCCG